AUGGCUGCACCUUCGUGCACAAGCGUAUACAUACAACUAUGUGUAUCCGGUAUUGCCUAUUACUUUACAGUCCUACUUCUAUCCCGUAACCGUCCCACCAUUUACCUUGACAAUUUUAAUGUUGUUUCCAAUUCGUUGACAAACAACGCCACAAUCUAUUUGGACCUGAGAAUCCAGAAUGAGAACUCGGGGAUAGCCAUUUACUACGAGGAUCCUGUAAAGCUGACAAUCACUUAUUUGCAAUCAACCGUAUCAACCGGCAGCAAUGUUAUCAUCGAACGAUCUGCCAUUAAAGGUUUUUAUCAAGGGAAUGGGGAGGUUAAACAUAUCCAAGCAUCUGUGGUGAUUCAAGACUUGUUUUCAACGAAUGAACAACGAAGGAGACUGGGUGAGACGCGUGUUUCCCUGUAUGGUCCAGUGAAAGUGAUGGAUUUCGUAGUAGACUUGGAGGCCGACAUAAAGUUCAAGUCGAUUGAGAACAAAAAGUUCCAUCUGAUGGUCGGAUCAGCUGUGGAGGUUAACGACAACACUGGGACAUCUGUUCUAAAGACCAUUCAAAUGAAAUAUGCUUCUGGAUCGAAUAAGUGGGGAGUUCUGCAAUGGCUACUUGCAUUUCCUUUGGUUAUUUUGUUAGAGGUUGUUGUAAAUUCUGCUUUUUGGUUAGCUUUCCGAGUUUUGGUCUUUGUUUCUCUUUGUCAACCUAAUGAUACAGCCGAAAUUUAA